AUGGAGCUGCUCAAGCCGAACCGGAGCGUGCCGGGAUACGGACCCGGGCCGGCGGCUUCCCUGUGCCGCCCGGGGGGCCCCCUCCUCAACGGCAGCGGCACCGGCAACCUCAGCUGUGAGCCCCCGCGCAUCCGCGGAGCCGGGACACGAGAAUUGGAGCUGGCCAUUAGGGUCACCCUCUACGCUGUGAUCUUUCUGAUGAGUGUCGGAGGAAAUGUGCUCAUCAUCGUGGUCCUGGGACUCAGCCGCCGUCUGAGGACCGUCACCAACGCCUUCCUGCUCUCCCUGGCAGUCAGCGACCUCCUUCUGGCCGUGGCUUGCAUGCCCUUCACCCUCCUGCCCAAUCUCAUGGGCACAUUUAUCUUUGGCACAGUCGUCUGCAAGGCGGUUUCCUACUUCAUGGGCGUGUCUGUGAGCGUGUCCACGCUAAGCCUCGUGGCCAUCGCCCUGGAACGGUACAGCGCCAUCUGCCGACCACUGCAGGCGCGUGUGUGGCAGACGCGCUCACACGCGGCUCGAGUGAUCGUAGCCACGUGGAUGCUGUCCGGACUGCUCAUGGUGCCCUACCCGGUGUACACUGCCGUGCAGCCAGCGGGACCUCGUGUGCUGCAAUGCAUGCAUCGGUGGCCCAGUGCGCGAGUUCGCCAAACCUGGUCGGUACUGCUGCUUCUGCUCUUGUUUUUCGUGCCGGGGGUGGUUAUGGCGGUGGCCUACGGGCUUAUCUCCCGCGAGCUCUACUUAGGGCUUCGCUUUGACGGUGACAGUGACAGCGAGAGCCAGAGCCGGAUCGGAAGUCAAGGAGGACUGCCCGGUCCUGCCCACCCGAACGGGCGUUGCGGGUCGGAGACCCGGCUGGCUGGCGAGGACGGCGAUGGCUGUUAUGUGCAGCUUCCGCGCUCCCGGCCUGUACUGGAGCUGUCCGCGCUGACCGGACCCACGGCUGGGCCAGGAUCCUGCACCCGGCCGGCCCAAGCCAAGCUGUUAGCUAAGAAGCGCGUGGUGCGGAUGUUACUGGUGAUCGUUGUGCUUUUUUUCCUGUGUUGGUUGCCAGUGUACAGCGCCAACACGUGGCGCGCCUUCGACGGCCCCGGUGCACAUCGCGCCCUUUCGGGUGCGCCCAUCUCCUUCAUCCACUUGCUAAGCUACGCCUCUGCCUGUGUCAACCCCCUGGUCUACUGCUUCAUGCACCGUCGCUUUCGCCAGGCCUGCCUCGACACCUGCGCCCGCUGCUGUCCUCGGCCUCCGCGAGCUCGCCCCAGACCUCUACCGGACGAGGAUCCUCCCACCCCCUCCAUCGCCUCACUGUCCAGACUGAGCUACACCACCAUCAGCACGCUGGGACCUGGCUGA